CGCAUGUCCCUCUUUCCGGAAGUGAUACUUGGUCCCAUCAACGCGCUGAACUGAUCAUAUAAGCCCGCCAGUCUUUACAAUUGAAUAAACUUCAACAUGCAGCUUCCACUCGUGCUCGCAACCGUCCCUCUGGUGCUGGCCAGUAUCCCGGAUACAGUCAACGACUGGCACCCACCAGUCUAUGGCGACUUCCGCGGGCCCUGCCCCAUGAUGAACACGCUGGCCAACCACGGCUUCCUGCCCCGCGACGGCCGCAACAUCACCAAAGCCAACGCUAUCUCGGCGCUGGGCAACGGGCUGAACUUCGACGCGACGCUCGCGGGGAUAAUGUGGGAGCAGGCAAUCAUCGCCAACCCCUCGGCGAACGCGAGCUUCUUCACGCUGGACCACCUGAACCGACACAACGUGCUGGAGCACGACGCGUCGCUGAGCCGCACCGACGCCUACCUGGGCAACAACCACGCCUUCAACCAGAGCGUCUUCGACAGCUCCCGGAGGUACUGGACGGGCGAGACGGUCGACGCGCUCCAGCUCGCGAACAGCAAGAUCUUCCGCCAGGUCGAGAGCCGCGCCACCAACCCCAAUUACACCUUCUCGGCGACCACGGAGCAGUUCAGCCUCGGCGAGGUCGCCGCGCCCAUCGUCGCCUUCGGGGACCUGGAUCAGGCCGCCGUGAACAGGACCCUGGUCGUGUAUUUCUUUGGUGAGUCUCAUGAAAAUAACAAAGCCCUCUUCUCCUGGAUCCUACACAUGGUGGCUUCAAGUGCCUGGAUCAUCACGAACACGUUUCCUUCGGUUGACUGACAUGGUGGUGGUGUGCAGAGAACGAACGACUUCCUACCGAGCUUGGGUGGACCAAAAAGGUUGAUCCAAUCACAUUGGAAAAGAUCACCAGCAUCACUGGAAUUAUUGGUAGUGCGACAAGUCUCCUCACCGGGUCCGCAGCGUCUCCUGCUGAGAGACGGUCGGACUUACACGGCGGAUUCUAGGUUGACAUCUGCCGGACUGGGUUUUAGUAACGACAGUAUGCAAAGAGUUCAGCAAAAAACGAGUCGCAGACUGUAACAAUAAUGGCGAAUACAACACUUUCUCUUAUUAGCCUGCGUGGUUUUGUGGACCUGUUCUCAAAGUCCAUUAGUGAGCUAACUUACUUGGUUUGAAGGCAUGAAUUAAGAGACGUCCAGGACAAAUCCCUUCGGACUGAGCACUCAGUCAAAAGCAU